CCAGGCCAGCCCUGACCUGCAGACCAGCUGAGGUCGGAGCAGCCGGCGAGUGCGGCCAGCGUGCCAGGCACCUGGGGCUGGCGCCCCGUCCCCACGGGAGCCUCAGGAGAGCACCUUGUGGCUCCUGGGUAUCAGAGAUGGCCGGAUGGGACGCGGCCCCUGGGGGCAUCUCCUGGGGCUUGGAGCAGCUCAGCGCAGGCUCGCCGCUCAGUGGAGUGUGGAGGAGGAGGAGGAGGCCGCCUGCGAGCGGCACCGGUGUGACAGGGAGCAGCAGCUUCGGGCUCAAGACGAAGAUGAAGGAAGCCUGUCCCCGGAGCAGUCGGAGCAGGAGAAGCUCCUCAGCCCGCAGCCCUCAGAGGCCCCUGAACUGGAUGAGGACGAGGGCUUUGGCGACUGGUCCCAGAAGCCAGGGCAGCAGCGGCAGCAGCACUGGGGAGCUGGAGAGACCCCGGAAGCUGGGGACCCCUCUCGGGGCGUGAGUCCGGAGGGGACGCAGGAGGACGGCAGGCCCCGCCAGGGCACCUCCGGGAGCCAGGGAGGCGACGAGCUGAGCCCAGCUGAGGUCGGUCUGGAGGAGCUGCAUCUGAGCCCUGACUCGGAGCCCCGGGAGGGGCUGGCACCAGAGCCCUCAGAGCCCACUGGGCCCGAGGAGCCCGGGCAGGGCAGCCCAGGGCUGGCAGAGGCCACGGAGGCAGCGGUGCAGCACCAGAGCUGCCAGCAGCCCAGGACACCCAGCCCCCUGGUCUCGGAGGGGACUGAAGUGGGCUCGCCUCCCCUGAGCCCCAGCACCAAACUCAGUGACAGAACCGAGUCCCUGAACCGCUCCAUUAAGAAGAGUAACAGUGUGAGGAAGUCCCAGCCGGCCCUGCCCAUCUCCAAGAUUGAUGAGCGGCUGGAGCAGUACACCCAGGCUGUCGAGACUGCAGGCAGGACCCCCAAGCUCACCCGCCAGCCCUCCAUCGAGCUGCCCAGCAUGGCUGUGGCCAGCACUAAGAGCCGCUGGGAGACAGGAGAGGUGCAGGCUCAGUCGGCUGCCAAGUCCACCCCCUGCAAGGAUAUUGUGGCCGGAGACAUGAGCAGGCGGGAUCUCUGGGAGCAGAAAGGAGGCCCCAAGACUUCGUCCACGGUCAAGAGCACCCCUUCUGGGAAGAGGUACAAGUUUGUGGCCGCCGGACACGGGAAGUACGAGAAAGUGCUUGUGGACGAGGGCUCGGCGCCCUAGGCCCCUCUGCCUGCUUUCCCAGGAGCAGGGCACAGGCCAGCAGCAGGUCCUGCUUCCCCGACUGCACGCCCAGGGGAGAACCUGGCCAGGUCCGUCCCCCCACCCUCCAAACCCGACCUUGCCGAAGAAGCUGCUUCUCAUGCCUGGCCUCGCCCCACAACCCUGGCAGCUCUUGCUGUGGGGCCCUCCGACCUCGCCCUCCGACAUGGCACUCACUGCCCCCCACAAUUCCGGGAGGAGAGGAACUCUGGCUGUUGGUUGGUGAAGGGACCCCCUCCAGAGAAGCCGUAAGCUCCCAGGGAAGGCGCCGUCAGUGCUGGGAGCGGCCACGUGCUGGGGUCUCCAGGUCAAGAGCCACAACCCCUGCCCCACCUGCACUGCCCCCCACUCCCCGCUGGCAGCCCCUUCGCCCUGUCCAGUAAAGCUUCCAUGUGU